GCAAAUCUUUGUCAAACAGUAGUUAGAAGCAUCGGCGCUGCAGGAGGGUUGCUUCUUUUUUCAUUGGGAGAAAUUGAAGAACGGUGGCUAACAUCAGCUCCAUGGCUGAAGGACCAAACCAGACAAAUUCUAGUUGCUCACUUGAAUCCGUCAACUGGUCCUUCACUUAUGUCCCAGUGUACAUCCUGUUCAUCUCUGUUCUGGGAAUAGUUUUCAACAUCUUUGUGCUGAUGAUCUUCAUCCUCCAUAAGAAGCCCUGCACCGUGGCUGAGAUCUACCUGAGCAACCUGGCUGCUGCUGACCUGCUGCUGGUCUCCUUCCUGCCCUUCUGGGCUGUCAGCGCUUGGAAUAAGUUUGACUGGAUUUUUGGUCUUGCCAUGUGCAAAAUGGUCAACGUGAGCAUCCUGAUGAACGUCUACUGCAGCAUCUACUUCCUGGUUCUGAUUAGCAUCGAUCGCUAUUUGGCCGUGGUCCAUCCACUGUCCCAGGAAAAACUGCGUCGCCCAAAAUUUGCUAAAAUUAGUUGCGCUGUGGUUUGGAUUCUGGGAUUAAUUCUUAGUGUUCCAAAAUUUAUCAACAGGAAAUUGGUACCUCACAAUAAUAUUACUUCUUGUCAUGAAGCUGAUCCAACUAUAUUAAAGACGACUGAGUGGAUGAUUUUGGUGUUAGGGUUUUUAAUUCCCAUUUCCAUCAUUUUCUUUUGCACUGUGAACAUCCUCAAAGCUCUGAGAAACAGAUCGAUCCAARGAGUAAAKRCRARGAAAAAGGAUCACAAGGCCAACACUUUGGUGCUGGUYGUCCUGCUGGCGUUCCUGAUCUGUUGGGUCCCGUACCAUCUGCGGRAAGUCCCGACCUGGCUCCACAAGGCCGGMAUCCUGACAGACUGYASSUMURAGAAAAUCCUGUACUAUAGUGGGCAGAUCUUCACCUACUUGGCGUUCUUCAACAGCGUUCUCAACCCCAUUCUCUACGUCAUUGUCGGAMGAAACUUCAGAGACAAACUGAAGGAACUCUUCAAGCAGUGGGACCAAAAACGCAGUGCGACCAUYAGCCAAAGAACUACAAGUACAAGGUUUCUACAAAGUGUUAAGUCCCAAAAGAAUAUUAUCAACUAGAAUAUGAGUUMACUUUUUUUCGCCUCCAUUUAUUYAGAGGCAACUAAAAAAUAAACUUGUUAGCUGGAGGAAUGAAUACCAAUUGYAAUCGGUGGUCUAAUGUCCAGCGCACACGACACGAGUUGUCGGCCCAUUUUCAAAACCUGAGAGACACAUUAGCCGACAGGUAUAACGGUUGGAUCGGGUCCGUCGUGCCGUGUGGUGUCCAGCCACAAGGGCACUAAAURAUGGCUACAAGUCCAGUUAAUGAAUUUUAA